GCCAUGGCGAAAGCAGUGAAGCUCAUCGGCGCCUUCGGCAGCCCAUUCGUCCACCGCGCCGAGGUGGCACUGCACCUGAAGGGCGUCCCCUAUGAGCUCAUCCUUGAGGACCUCACCAACAAGAGCGAUCUGCUGCUCCGUCACAACCCCAUCCACAAGUCGGUGCCGGUGCUCCUCCACGGCGACCGGCCGGCCAUCUGCGAGUCCCUGCUCAUCGUCGAGUACAUCGACGAGGCUUUCGACGGCCCGCCCCUCCUCCCCAUCGACCCCUACGACCGCGCCAUGGCUCGCUUCUGGGCCCAGUUCAUCGAACAAAAGUGCGCGAAGCCGUUCUGGAUGGCGCUGUGGCUGAACGACGGGGAUAAGCGGGAGGUGUUCGUCAAGGAGGCGAAGGAGAAUAUGGCGCUGCUGGAAUCGCGGCUGCAGGGGAAAAGGUUCUUCGCCGGCGACACGGUCGGGUACCUCGACUUCGCCGCGUGUGGGUUAGCCCUCGUGCUCGGCGUUCUAGCGGAGGUGACCGGCUUGAGCCUGGUGGGCGAAGAUGAGUUCCCCUUGCUACGCCGGUGGGCAGAUGAUUACACCUCCGAGGAGACCGUCAAGGCUUGCCUGCCGCCGAGGGAGCAGCUCGUGGCCCACUUCGCCGGAAAGAAGGACAGGAUCAAACUUGCUGUCAACACCAUGGCGUGUCAGAUGUAG